AUGGGUUACAUACCACCUCCUGACGGUGACAAGGACACAAAGGCGUCAAAAAACAAGUCACAUCCAGUGAAUCCCAUAAAGACGUCUUCAUCAUCAUCAGAUUCCACAACCAUUACAAUACAGAGUCCUAUAUUUCCUCGCAAUCCAAGUGUUGGUUUAAUAUGGGGUCCACUAAUGCCUGCGUCUGACAACAGACCUGCCCUAUGCACAAUGAUUGGCUUACAGUUUUUUCUAGGAGUGGGUCUAUUUAGGUAUGCAAGAAGACAAUUAAGCUUACCACAAAGAGGUAGAGGAACCGUACUUAAACUGAUACUUGCAGUAGCCAGUGGAGGCUCCUUAAUAUUUGGCUGCGGUCUCGAAAUAUCUCGUUUGAUUUUACCUUACGAUCCGUGGUAUGAAGAGGCCAAACGCUACCGCGAAUUAGCUAUAAAAAAUGGAGAAACCCCAAGCUUGUGGUUUGGAGCAUACAAUUAUUAUCGACCGAUGAACGUGAAAAGUUGGAGCGAUAAACUAGGCACCUGGUUUGAAAAUGUAGAGAAAGAAAUGAAUAGUGGCGAGUCUCAAAUUGAAAAACCUUCAGGAAUAUUGCACAGGCUAGAUAAAAAAAAAUUUAGUGAAGUAUAUGCCAAAUUAAGAGAAAAUAACAAUACAAGAUUCAAAGAGCUCCUAUCUGAAUUGCAAGGAGUAGAUGAACUCAACAAAGCGGAAAGGUUGGAUUUGAUCCUAGAGGGGAAAAGCAAUUAUAUUAACCUGGAAUUUAACAAACCUGGUAUUCAAUUAGGUACACACAACAUGGACUCGGAUGAGGACUUUGAAAUGGUUUGGCUUAAUUUCGAACCUUGGGAUGAGCUAAAACUAGAGACUGACUACGAUAUCAGAUUGAUUCCAAGAUACGCCUCCCCCGAGCAAGAAGAGUAA